AUGCACUCGGAUGACUGGCAUCUAGAGAAUGAUCCUAAGAAAAGAAAACGCAUCCAGGACAGGCUGGCUCAACGAGUAAGACGCAAACGUCUCCGAGAAGCGAGGAAUACAGACAAGACUCGACAAGAAGUUCGCGAUGGACUGGCCUCAAAUAUCGCUCAUUUUGUCUACGAUGCUCCUUUCGUACGAAUCUCCUUGGCUUACGAAAUUCCCGCUCCGAUCACCAUCUUCGGUGCCCUCUUCAUCAAUGGCAAGGUGCUAGGACUUUCAUGCUUCAGUCAAGUGGCGACAAGAUCAUCACCCGCCUCGCCGGAUGUACCACUAUCUUUGCGGCCAACGGCGACGCAGCUCUUGACGCUUCACCUUACAGGCAUCGAUCGAUUCCCGUUUCCAAAGAUGCGAGACAACUACAUCAAUAUGGGCGGGUUGAUCGAUGAAGAGGACUUUUCUCUCGACAUAUUCACCAAGCCAAGCUUUGAUAUCAAACCUGGUGGACCUGCCUGGGACCCAGAUGCUUGGAUUCCUGCAAAAUCAUUUCUGGAGAAAUGGGGAUUUCUGAUGCAGUGA